CCAUAUCGUAAAAGACUCGUUUGUUUUUUUACUUUGUUUGUCUAAAUAUUGUUGGUUAAAAGUGUAAAUCAAAAAGUAGGUGAAGGAAGCAGGACAUAAUACUUAAAGAUGUCUCUAGCAGAUGAAUUGUUGGCUGAUUUAGAGGAAGGGGGGCCUGAUUACAAUGAAGAAGAUGAUAUUAUCCCUGAAGUGGAAGACAUUCAGGAGGUUGCCAUGGAAACAGAAAAGCCAGCCUAUGAUGUCCACAGCAUUGCUAAACUACAGAGUAGUCAAGAGCUUAAGGAUAUUAUAACUAAUAUUGAAAAGUAUUCUAAAAUGACAAGAAGUGAAGCAAUUAGUGGUCCUGUAGAAUCUGAUCCAGAAUAUAAACUGAUUGUUGAUGCUAACAAUAUGACAGUUGAAAUAGACAAUGAAAUUAAUGUAAUACACAAAUUUGUCAGAGAUACCUAUUCUAAAAGAUUUCCAGAAUUAGAGUCAUUAGUACCUACAGCUUUAGAAUAUAUUUCUACAGUUAAGGAGCUGGGUAAUAACAUUAUGGAGAAAUCUAAGAAUAAUGAAGCAUUACAAGAAAUAUUAACACCAGCUACUAUUAUGGUUGUCAGUGUUACAGCCUCUACUACACAAGGAUCUAGAUUGCCAGAGUCUGAAUUAAAGACUAUUAUAGAAGCUUGUGAUAUGGCAGUAGAGUUAACCCAAUGUAAACAUAAUAUAUUUGAAUAUGUAGAAUCUAAAAUGACAUUUAUAGCACCUAAUGUAUCUAUAAUAGUAGGAGCUUCUAUUGCUGCUAAAUUGAUGGGUGUAGCUGGAGGGUUAACCAAAUUAUCAAUAAUGCCAGCAUGUAAUAUCAUGGUAUUGGGUUCACAGAAACGAACAUUGUCUGGUUUCUCUUCUACAGCUAUAUUACCUCAUACUGGUUUCUUAUAUUAUACUGAUAUAGUCCAGAAAACACCACCAGAUUUAAGAAAGAAAGCUACAAGACUGGUAGCAGCUAAAUGUACUCUUGCAGCCAGAGUUGACAGUUUCCACGAGAGUACAGAUGGAUCUGUAGGGGAUAAUCUUAGAGCAGAAAUAGAACAGAAACUAGAUAAACUACAAGAACCUCCACCAGUUAAAACUAUUAAAGCCUUACCAGCCCCUAUUGAACAAUCCAAGAAGAAACGAGGUGGACGAAGAGCAAGAAGAAUGAAAGAUAGACUAGGUUUAACUGAAAUGAGAAAAGCCACCAACAGAAUGAACUUUGGUGAUAUUGAGGAUGAUGCUUAUCAAGAGGAUUUAGGUUUUUCACUUGGUUCACUAGGUAAAUCUAAUUCUGGUAAAAUUAGAGGACCACCAGUUGAUGCUAAAACUAAGGCUAGAAUCUCCAAGACAUUACAGCAAAAAUUAAGUAAAGGUAACCAAUCAACAUGGGGUGGUAGUACUACAGUUAAAAAACAAGUUGCUGGUACAGCUUCUAGUGUAGCCUUCACGCCAUUACAGGGUCUUGAAAUUGUGAAUCCACAAGCUGCAGAAAAGAGAAUUCAUGAAGCUAAUCAGAAAUAUUUCUCCAACACAGCCAAAUUUCUGAAAGUUGAAACACCUAAGCCCAGUUAAAGACACAGUGACUCUUUAUGUAUGCAUGUAUCUUAUGUGCAAAAGAAAGCAGUUUGGAUCAAUUGUUGUACAUAUACAUGGUAAAUAGGAUCCCAUAAUGGAAAUUUGAUCCUGAUUUGUUAUGUACAUUAUUUACGAUUUAAAUGUUCAGUGCUAAGUAAGCUAUAAGAAUAUUAAAAUUGUGUGGACUCUCUAAAGGAGAUGUGAACAAAUCAAGAUGUUAAGCUGCAAACAGUUCUCCUAAUUAAUGAGCAUACUGUGCUUUGCAAUUGAUCACUCUUUCACAGGGGCUCAAUGUUAUAAGAGAUUUUGUUUGUAAAAAUUGGUUUACAUUCUCAGAAAUUGAAUAACGGAACACAAUUUUAUGUUAUACCACUUGUUGGAUUGUGUUCCAUUAUUUAAUGUGAUCUCUACCCUUAGAAGUUGCUUAAGGUUUAUUGACAUAAAUGUUUGUAUAUAAGAAGUCUUAAAGAAAUAAAGUUUUUCAAAAU